ACCAGUAAUGAUUGGUUAACUGAACAUGUAAGAAGAAAAACGGCAAGUGACUCGUCUUUGUAUUGCCUUAUUAGAUCCAAGUAAUAUUGCAUAAUACUAUUGGCAGCAGAGGUGAAAGUUGCAUCUUUUCUUUAAUUUCGUAACGACCAGCGAGUAGAAAAAGAUAUUCCAAGAUGAUAGACAAAUUGAAUCAUAUGCCGCUAACUGCACCUAAUUACUCGUUUGCCUUCAAUUUUGAGAAAAACUUUGUUUACUCAGAUGCUCUUCCGAUCAUUACGAAUCAUUAUCCAAACUGCUUCUACUAUUCUGCUAUUUAUGUCAUCCUAAUUUUUACUGGAAAGCAUUACAUGUCAAAUAGGCCGAAAUUCGAACUGAAAGGUGCGCUUGCCUUGUGGAAUAUAUUACUUGCGGUAUUUUCCAUUUUUGGAUUUCUUAGAAUGUCGGCGGAAAUGUAUCACGUGUUAAGCUAUUAUGGGUUCUACCAUAGUAUUUGUAUACCCAGCUUCCUUACGCAAGAUCCUGUUAGUGCAUUUUGGUCACUGUUGUUCAUCCUAUCAAAGAUCGUGGAGUUUGGCGACACAGCUUUUAUUGUACUACGGAAACAGCCGUUGAUGUUUCUACAUUGGUACCACCAUAUAACAGUUUUUCUUUACGCAUGGCUAUGUUUUGUAGAGACUACAGCAUACGCCAGAUGGAACGCUGUAGUAAACUUUUUCAUUCACUCCUGGAUGUAUUCUUAUUAUGCUCUGAAAGCAACGCGCUUCCAUCCACCAAAAUGGGUCGCCAUGCUGAUCACUACGUUACAGACAUUACAAAUGGUUUGGGGUUGCUUUGUAACUAUUACGGCCUACAGCUAUGUAAAAAGCAAUCAAGUCGAAUGCCACGUUGAGCCCCGAAACGCGCAAAUUGGUCUGCUGAUAUACUUCAGCUAUUUCAUUCUCUUCGGUAGAUUCUUCAAACAGGCUUACCUAUCUGACAAACGUGGAAAGAAAGUUGAAAAGAAGAAUUAUUAAUUACAAGCUCAUCAAAGCUAAUUGAAGCACAUACUAAUUUCUGAAUACCUUUUCUAAGAAUGCACCCAAGCGACGUUUCUUGUAAAUAUUUUAUCAGAAUUAUUUUACAGGUGCAUACAUUUACAUCUAUGCCUAUGCAUUUCAAGAAAUAUAAUAGAUUUUUCAAAUCUUUGUUAACAAGUGGCACUGAAAGUUGCUUGUGGCAGGAUGAAAAUCACGAGUAAAAUAAUGUAACAUCAAUUGUUGUACAUUGAAUUUAGCAAUAAAUUUUAUGGCAACUCGCUUAUUACGAGCAGACGAAUUAAUAAAGAUAUUUUUAAGAAGA